CUUCCGGUUGUCAUGACUUUUUGGGUUACAACUUUCUAUUCAUAAAUAUAACAGAUUAUCGGGAUGACAUGACAGAGAAGAAAUCCUUUUUCAGACAUUUUCAAGAAGGGGCACACAAGAUGUCUAACUUAGCAUGUACAUCUGUACGAACUGAUGAUGUUGAUGUUCCGUGGUAUGCCUCUAUAGUUCAUAACUGUAUACACGAUGAUAAACUAAGCAAGCUCAAAGUCACACUACGUAAAUUUUCUAAACAACAAAGGACAACCAUUGUUAAUCAUAAAAUAAAUGGAAGUGGUGCCUUGUUCAUUUCUAGUUUGAAAGGUCGGGUUCACAUAGUUAAUUAUUUACUAGACGACUGUGGAGCAGAUAAGGAACUCAAAGGAAUUUAUGAGGUAGAGUUAGAUCAUUCUCGACAUGAAGUAUCACCUUUAUGGUGUUCAGCAGUAGCUAAUAAAUUAGAAGUUGUGAAAGCUUUAGUCGAGCAUGGUGCCGAUAUUAACAGUGCUUCAGAUACACAAUCAACUCCUGUCAGGUCAGCUUGUUUCAUGACAAAUAUCUCUAUUGUAAAAAUUCUUGUCGAACAUGGGGCUAACAUACAUAAACCAAACAUAAAUGGAGGCACUUGUUUGAUAAACUCUGUACAAAGUGAGGAAUUAUGUGUGUUCCUUUUAUCUAAGGGAGUGGAUGUGAAUGCCAAGGAUAAUUCUGGUAACCUUGCUUUACACUAUGCCAUUAGAGAAGGAAGACUAGACACAGUCAAGGUGCUUCUGAAGUACGGUUCUGACCAUACUGCUAAAAACGAUUUUGGUGAUGAUGCUCUCCAAACUGCCGCUUUGAGAGGUUAUAAAUCAAUUGUGAAAUAUAUACUGGAAACAACAGAUCAAACAUUGGAAAAAUCUGCCCAUGCCUAUGAAUUGUUAGGGGCUAAUCUGGUUGAUGAGGUCCAUGAUAUUGUAGGUGGCUUAGCUAUGUGGCAAGAAGCUAUGAAGAUUCGUUAUCAGGAUGAAAAUAACCCACUUCUCAAGGAAUUGCCACCUGAUACAAACUAUGCCUAUCUGCAUGCUCGUGAACCUAACAGUCUCCAAGAACUUCAUCGUAUCAUUGAUCCUGAUGACGUUUACAUGCAGGCUUUAUUGAUAAGAGAGAGAAUUUUAGGGCCAUGCCACAAAGAUGUUACUUUUGGUCUGAUGUACAGGGGUGCUGUAUAUGCAGAUACUCAUCGGUAUCAGCGAUGUGUAGAUCUGUGGAAGUAUACAUACAUAUUGAGACAUCGUAAGAAUGACCCAUUGACACACGAAUGUUUGUUUACUGUACAGGCUUUGGUAAAGUUAUUCUGGGAGAUGCAAGUGGAGUUAGAGUCAGGAACUACAGAAGAAAAGGUGAAAGUAGAGGAUGCUCAAGAAGUAUUUGAAAUGUUAGUGGCACAGAUUAUAAGUGGACAGGAAUCUUUAAAGAAUUCUAAAGGGAAUAACAAGGGGAAUGAAGAUUUCCAGCUAUUACUUCAACUUUCUCUUCAUGUCAUACAUCUUAUGGCCAGACUAGACAAAACAUCACCACAAAAUUUUGAGUUCCGAAAAGCAGUUCAUCAUUUAAUUCUACAAGACCCAAGAGGACAGGAAGGUGGAAGUCUACUACAUUUGUCUGUUGAUCCUAAGAUUUCUCUUACUAGUGAGGAAUUUUAUUCCCCCUUUCCAACCCUAUCAGUUGUGGAAAUUUUGAUAUCAUGUGGCAUUGACAUAAAUGCUGUUGACAGUAAGAGAAACACGGCUCUUCAUAACAGUAUCAAGUUUUUAACAUAUUCAGAGCUCCAAAAUGAAGGGAUUUUAGAUUGCUUGUUACAGAAUGAUGCUCAUGUUGACAUCCACAAUGCUGAAGGUCAAACUGCUCUGAUUUUACUACAACAUGCCGGUCUCCCAGUUUGUCCUCUACAAUACCAAACAUUAAAAUGUCUUGCUGCUGAGUCUAUCAUGAAACAUAAACUAUCUUAUGAAGGGGAAGUCCCUGUUUGUUUACUGCCUUUUAUUCAAAUGCAUGGAUAGCAGAAAAAUGAAGGUUUUAUAUGUUCUUCAUCAAUAGAAAUAAUAUUUUACCCCCAAAAAAUUAAGUUCUUAGAGCCAAGAAAUGUUGAUUUUUUUAAGAUUGACACCACUAUAUACAUGUAGAUAUAAUAUUUCAUGAAGGGAUGUUCAUAAGUGAAAAAAAAAUCACAUUCAUGAGAUGUUUUUGAUUCAUGCUUGUAGUUGUUUGCUUUUUCCCUAAAGAGAUUCCAUCAAUUAUUUUUAUCAAAUUUCAAAUGUUUUUUUAUGGAAAAGUUUGUUAGUACUCAAGAAGUUUUUCACUUAAAAGUUUCUAGCAAUGUGUUCCCAUGCCUUUAGUACCUUGUUUUCUAAUCUCUGUAUAUGCUUAACCUUAUUUUUUGUUUUAAUUUUGUGUCUUAUGGCAUUACAAUAACAAUGUAUAUCAUAUGGUAGAUAAGAAGAAAUACUUUUGUUAUGCUGUUAUCAAGCAUAGUACGUACUUUCCUGCCCUAACAUAAUAAUCAAGCUGCAUUUUGUUGUUAUCAGAUUAAGCAUUUCAUUUCAGAGUAGAACCUAGUUGUCAAACUAACCACAUUACU